CUCUCUCUCUCUCACAGUGCCUGGAGAUUAAGCAUGGCGGACGCGAGAAACGUGUGCUGUAUGUGCGGUGAUAUCGGCUUCCCGGAGAAGCUCUUCCAAUGCCUUCGUUGCGUCUAUCGCUUCCAGCACUCUUACUGCAGUAACUAUUACCGCGAAGAAUCAUCCACCGCCGGAGUUUGUGACUGGUGCAAGAGCGAGGAGCAUAGGACCCACACCCGCCGGAUUGCCACCUCCGGAGCCGGCGAUAAGGCCGGCAGGCAGGGCGGAGAUCGUGAUGAAGGAAGCGCCGGGGGAAGCCGAGGACGAAGCUCCGGUACCGGUCCCCCCUCCUCCUCUUCCUCCUCAGCUAAACAGUCCGGUCGGAGGUACAAGCUUCUAAAGGACGUACUGUGCUAAAUCGUAUGUAAAUAUAAAUAUAUAUAAAUAAGAUCCAGAACAAAGUUUUCUAUUAAAUCAUCGAUCAUUCUUCAAAUUUUUUAAAUAUUCAUGAUGAA